AUGAAUCAAGGGUUGGUUCUUGUGCUGGAACACCAUGAUGGUGCCACCUACAAACUUAUGUGUUAUUUCAGCAAUUAGGCAUCUAAUUGACCAGCCCCUGCUUCGAUUUUGCCCCAGGACUUGGAUCCCUUUCUGUACACCCACCUAAUAUUUGCAUUUGCUUCAAUGGAAAAGAACUGGAUUGUUAAAAAAAAUGUCCAGGAUAAGAGUAUUUUCUACCCAGAGUUCAACAAACUGAAGGAGAAGAACAGAUAGCUGAAAACACUCCUGUCUGUUGGUGGAUGGGACUUUGGCACAAAAAGGUUUACUGUUCUGCUGUCUACAUCCACCAGCCAUGAAAAGUUCACUGGUUCCGUUAUAUCUCUUCUAAGGACAUAUAACUUCGAUGUUCUUGACCUUUUCUUCUUGUACCCUGGAAUAAGAGGCAGUCCUAGGCAUGACCGAUGGAAUUUUGUCUUCUUAAUUGAGGAGCUCCUGUUUGCUUUCCACAAGGAGGCAAUGGAAAAUAUGCACCUGAAGCUGCUGUUCUCUGCUGCUGUCGUGGGGACACCAAAUAUCAUCCAAACAUCUUAUGAUAUCCGCCUUCUGGGAAGAUACCUGGAUUUCAUCAACAUCUUGUCUUACGACUUCCAUGGGUUCUGGGAAAAUAUCACAGGACACAAUAGCACACUAUUCUCUAAAUUAGAGGAUCCCAAAUCAUUAGCAUAUGUCAUGAAUUACUGGCGAAUGUCUGGGGCACCUUCAGAGAAGCUCAUCAUGGGGUUACCCACCUAUGGACGUACCUUUCGCCUCUUUAAAAGUUCCAAGAGUGAGCUGGGGGUCAGGACCGUAAGACCAGCAUCUCCAGGGAAGUACACCAAGCAAGCUGGCUUUUUGGCUUAUUUUGAGAUUUGCUCUGUUGUCUGAAGAGCAAAGAAAACAUGGAUUCAUGAGCAGUUUGUCCCCUAUGCCUGUAAGGGGAAGAAGUGGGUUGGCUAUGGUGAUGUUGUCAGCUUCACUUACAAAGCAAUGUUCAUAAAGUGAGAGCAUUUGGGGGGAACCAUGGUAUGGACACUGGACAUGGAUGAUGUGAAGGGUGCAUUCUGUGGCAAUUGCCAUUUCCCCCUUGUCUGCAUAUUGAGGAAUCUCCUAGUGCAGGAUGAAAGGGGAACUAUGACCCUUGAAAAGCUCAAAGUAACUCUGAGAAAGAAGACUCCAUUAAGCCAUUGGACUGUGACCGCUGGAGAGAGUACCCCGAGCCCAGUAAAUCUUAAGGCUGAGACUAGGCUGGCACCUAGGAGGGAAUCUGCAACCCCUGAGAAAGUGACUGUCUCCACAGGAAGGAUGGCAGUGAUCUCGAAGGUACAGACUAAAGUCCUAAGAGGGGAAAAUUUGACUUUCAGGAUCAAUGUUGAGUGCCCAACAGGGAACUGA